AUGACUGAUAUCGCAGGAUAUGCUUAUGGUUUGACUGUAUUUGCAGGCGGUCUGAUCGGUUACAUCAAAGCUCAAAGCGCAAUGUCGCUUCUAGCUGGGACUUUGUUUGGUGCGCUAGCUGCUCUAGGUGCCUAUCAAGUAUCUAACGACCCUAAAAAUGUCACCUUGGCUUUGGUUGUUAGUCUCUUGCUUCUCUACGUAAUGGGCAAUCGCUUCUAUCGUGGUCGCAAAUUCAUGCCUGCUGGGCUUGUGUCAUUGCUGAGUCUCAUCAUGGCCAUUCGAUAUGCCAUGCGUUUGCUCUAA